UCUUCUCUGUGCCCUUCCCGCUGUUGGUAGGUAACGCGCUGCCGGAGCCGCGUCGGUGGGAGGAUGUCGAGCACAGCUCCGUCCAAGAAGCCGUACCGCAAGGCGCCCCCGCAGCACCGUGAGAUCCGCCACGACGUGCCCAUCCUUCGUGACGACCAUGAUGGCGUGAUCUUGGCAGAGCAGAGUCAGGAUCCCUUGACGGAUGCAGAAAGGAUGAAGCUGCUGCAGCAUGAGAACGAGGAGCUGCGCCGGCGGCUCACCUACGUGACCGGCAAAAUGGAGGCGAUGGAGCGGGAGCUGGAGUCGGGGCAGGACUACCUGGAGAUGGAGCUGGGCCAGAACCGUGAGGAGCUGGAGAAAUUCAAAGACAAAUUCCGUAGGUUGCAGAACAGCUACACUGCUUCCCAGAGAACCAACCAGGACCUGGAGGAGAAGCUGCAUGCCCUGAUUAAGAAGGCGGAGAUGGACCGCAAGACACUGGACUGGGAGAUUGUGGAGCUCACUAAUAAGCUGCUUGAUGCCAAAACCACCAUCGAUAAGCUGGAGGAGCUCAAUGAGCGGUAUCGGCAGGACUGUAACCUCGCGGUGCAGCUGCUCAAGUGUAACAAGUCCCACUUCAGGAACCACAAGUUUGCUGAUCUUCCCUAUGAGCUGCAGGACAUGGUCAAUAAGCAUUUGCACAGCUCUCAGGAGUCUGCAGGCCCUGCACAAGAGGCCACCCACACCUUGGCCCCGUCUGACGUUGUGCCCACCUCAGUCAUUGCCAGAGUCCUGGAGAAACCAGAAUCUCUCAUUCUGAACUCAGCCAAGUCAAGCAGCGGCAGCUGUCCCAUGGCCGAGGACGUCUUUGUGCACGUCGACAUGAGCGGGGCUGCUCCCGAUGCCUGCAACAGCACAGGGCAGCUGGGGAAGGAGGGAGGAAGUGCGGGGAACCAGCAGAACGGUGGCUGCAAGCCCCAGAGCAGCGUGGAGAGCGCGUCGGAGGAGGCGCCAGCCUUUGAGAAGCUGAGUCCGUACCCUACGCCCUCCCCUCCCCAUCCUAUGUACCCGGGCCGCAAAGUGAUUGAGUUCUCUGAGGACAAAGUCAGGAUUCCGAAGAACAGCCCCCUGCCCAACUGCACGUACGCGACGCGCCAGGCCAUCUCCCUGAGCCUGGUGCAGAGCGAGGACGAGGGCGGCGAGAGCCGGGACACGGCCCCCGAGCUCCAGAAGAGGUUCAGCCGCUCCAUGCAGGAGCUGGGCAGGGCAGCCUCGGCCUACUCGGAUGGCGAGGAGUCGGCGCAGAGCUGCAGCUGGACCGUGAGCAGGGACUCGAGUGUGGACACGGACAGCACCGAGUCCAGGGCCCGCAGGAGCCAUUUCUCCUCAGACUACGGCACUGAUUUCUCCCAGGAUGAAGCCCAGAAGUUGCUGCAGGGAAACGGUGGAGUCGCUGCCGAGCCUGGGAGCCCCCCACCAGAGAAGCACAAGGACUACGUGGACCUCGGCCUGCCAGAGAGCCCUGCUGAGGAGAGGGAGAUACUGCUGCAGGGAAGCAAGGAGAGCACUCCAGCGUGUAUCCAAGAGGAGAGUGGAGAAGGCCGGGUCAAGCCUCCCUCCAGCCGGCCGCAUCGCAGCCCCAAGAGGAUGGGGGUCCAUCACUUGCAUCGCAAGGACAGUCUGACACAAGCGCAGGAGCAGGGGAACCUUCUCAGCUGAGGCAGGGGAAGAAGCAGCCGUGUUGUGCAGAGCUGUGGGUUGAUGCCAUCUGCC